AUGCCAAGGCUCACCCAUACUUCACUCCGCGAGCCUUUCUUCCUCUGCUCUUGGGCUGGGCGUGCCAUUGUUCAGGCGUUGACGAUCAUUCCAUCGAACCUGCCCAUCCACCAGCACCUGCUGCAGCACCGCGCCGUCUCGCACCUCAAGCUGUUUUUAAGCCGUUCCUUUGCUCUGCUGCCUGCCCUUGGGUUGAGUGUGCGUGUGUGUCACUGUCAGGCCCUCCGAAUCAUUCCAUCGGAUCUACCCAUUCACCAGAGCCUGCUGCAGCACCGAGCCGUCUCGCACCUCAAGCUGCAGCGAUUCUCAGAGGCCAUAGCGGACUGGACUACCAUGAUUGAUGCCGACCCCAGCAAUGUUGCUGCCAUUCGUGAGAGAGAGGCAGCAGCAACGCUGCAGGAGGUGGUGCAAGUGGAGCCACAACAGGGGGAGGUGUGGUGCAAGCUCACUUCUCUCCCUACUGCUAUCAUUCCCUUCCCCUUCCCCUCCCCCGCUGCCUCAGGGCAACGCGUUGUACCACAUGGGGCGACGGUGAGAGUCAGCGGCAGCGCUGCAAGUGGUGGUGCGUGCGGAUCCGCAGUAGGCAACGCCUUAUACCACAUGGGGCGAUGGUCCGAAGCAGCAGCAGCGCUGCAGGUGGUGGUGCGUGCAGAGCCACUGCGGGGGGAGGCAGGCAGCAGCAGCGCUGCAGGCGGUGGUGCAAGCAGAGCCGCAGCGGGGGGAGGCGUGGCGCGUGCUGGGGGACGUGCGGAGGGACAUGGGGGAGGUGGGGGAGGCGGAGAGGUGCUAUGGGCAUGCGCUGAAGGCGUUUCCCAGGUGAGAUGGAUGGAGGCAUGUAGGCGUGUGAUGGGGAACAGGCGGAAGGGCGUGGUCGAGAGGGGGGGAGAGGAGAGGUGCUAUGAGAAUGCGAGAAGCUCAGGUUCUAUGGGUGCAGCCUUGGAGGCAUGGCGUGUGCUGCAGACGUACGGAGGGAUAUGGGAGGAGGGCAAGGCAGAGAGGGAGGUAAUCAACCUACUCUCAAAGUACAUCCCCUACCACCCCACUAACGUGGAGCUGCGCUAUUGGUUGGCAUCAUCGCACCACUCCUUGGCUGACUUUCCCAAAGCUAGGGAGGUGGCAGUGUACAUGGCAGCAUGCAUGGAGCAGCCUGUGGACCAAUUCAGCAUCGACGACCACUUCCUUCCUCUCUUCAAGGUGACUCUAACAGGAAUAGCUUCAGUCUUGACUCUCUUUUAUUCAACUCACUCCCCUCCUUUAGCCACCACUGUCUCCCCUCGAUUUCUUCAAAGCCUCUCCAGCCUAAACCUAAAGGCGACAAACUCACGGCCUCUCCCCACACCCCUCCCCACUCCUCUCCCCACACCCCUCCCCACUCCUCUCCCCACACCCCUCCCCACUCCUCUCCCCACACCCCUCCCCACUCCUCUCCCCACACCCCUCCCCACUCCUCUCUCCACUCCCCUCCCCACUCCUCCCCAUUCCCCCCCCACCCCUCUCCUUUUUCCUCUCUCCUCUACCACCCCCCCAUCACCAGGAGAGUUGUUCGAGAGCUGGACAUACCGCUAUCCACCACAUGCCCUGCUGCAGGCAGGCUACAAGCCCAAAGCCCUGCCGCCUCUAGAUGCUCGGGGCAACGGCAGCACCUGCAGUGGGGAGGGCGAGGGGGCAAGGCUGGGUGCUGCCCACGUGGAGGCUGUUGAUUGGGCGGACAGGCUGGGCAGUCUGAUUCAGUACCACUGCGCUGGCUUCCUCAAUAACAGACGCCAGGUGAGGGGUGGGGGGCUUUAG